AUGCCCAAUCGGUUGAUCAACGAGACCAGCCCCUACCUGUUGCAGCACGCCAACAACCCCGUGGACUGGUAUCCGUGGGGAGAGGAGGCGCUGGCCCGGGCGCGCGACGAGGACAGGCCCAUCCUGCUCAGCAUCGGCUACUCCGCCUGUCACUGGUGCCACGUGAUGGAGCGAGAGUCCUUCGAGAAUGACGCCAUCGCGGAGAUAAUGAACCGCGACUUCGUCAACAUCAAGGUCGACCGCGAGGAGCGGCCCGACCUGGACGCAGUCUACAUGGAAGCUGUGCAGAUGCUCACGGGCAGCGGUGGCUGGCCGAUGACAGUGUUCCUCACGCCUGACGGAAAGCCGUUCUACGGCGGCACAUACUUUCCCCCCGUUGACCGCCACAACAUGCCUGGAUUCCCCCGUUUGCUUGAAACCGUAUCCCAAGCCUACCAGAACAGCCACACGGAGAUUCAGCGGGUGACGGGACAACUGACCGAGCAGAUGGGGCGCACCGGCAACAUGCCCAGGGGCACGGGUGCGUUGGACGAAAGCAUUCUGCAUCACGCCUACAACCAACUGGCAACCAACUUCGACUACCAGAAUGGCGGCGUGGGUUCUGCCCCCAAGUUCCCGCAGUCAAUGACUCUGGAAAUACUGCUGCGCUACUACGCCAACGGCCACAACGACCGCGCCCUCCCGAUGCUGGAGCUGACGCUGGAGAAGAUGGCUCGAGGCGGCAUCUACGACCAGGUGGGCGGCGGCUUCCACCGUUACUCCACCGACACCUUCUGGCUGGUCCCGCACUUCGAGAAGAUGCUUUACGACAACGCCCUGCUGGCGCGGCUCUACCUGCACGCCUGGCUGGCCACUGGCCGCUCCCUGUACCGCAGAAUCAUCGAGGAGACGCUGGACUAUGUGCUGCGGGAGAUGACGGGCGAGCACGGCGGGUUCUUCUCGGCCACCGAUGCUGACAGCGAGGGCGAAGAGGGCAAGUUCUUCGUCUGGUCGCCAAGCGAGAUUGAAGUCGUUCUGGGCAACGAGGACGGGUCGAUAUUCAACGCAUUCUUCGGUCUGUCGCAGCGGGGUAAUUUCGAGGGCAAGAACAUACUCAAUAUCACGGUAAAGGCCGCUGACUUCGCAGAGCGCCAGGGCAUUCCCUUGGAACAGUUGGUUGGUGUGAUCAACCGCGGGAAGGAAGCGCUCUGGCUGGAGCGGGAGAAGCGGGAGCAUCCUCUCCUCGACGACAAGGCCCUGGCAUCGUGGAACGGCCUGAUGCUGCGUGCAUUCGCCGAGGCGGGAGCAGCGCUCGAGCGGCAGGACUAUCUGGAUGCGGCAGCCAGGAACGCGGAAUUCCUGUUGACUUCGCUCCGUCCCGCGGGGAAGUUGCUGCGCUCUUACCGAGAGGGGCAGGCCAAGCUGCCCGGCUUCCUGGAGGACUAUUCAUUCGUGGCCGACGGCCUGCUGGCGCUUUACGAGGCAACGUUCGAGCGCCGGUGGCUGGACUCCGCGGUCGAAUUGGCCGAUGAAAUGAUUGCCCUGUUCUGGGACGAGUCCGCCGGCGCCUUUUACGACACGGGGAGCGACCACGAGGAGUUGGUGAUACGCCCUCGAGACGUGUUCGAUAACGCGCAGCCGUGCGGCGGCUCAGUUGCCUCUGACCUGCUGCUUCGGCUCUCGGUGUUCACCGGCAACGAGGACUACGCCGCAAAGGCCGUAGCACCUCUGCGCACCCUGGCGGAGCUGAUGGGUCGCGCACCGGCCGGCACUGGCCGCUGGCUGGCGGCGUUGGAUUUCUACCUGUCAACGCCCACCGAGGUCGCCGUCAUCGGGCCGUCAUCGGAUGCGGCGACGGCGGAACUGCUCAGGACGGUCAAUGGCCGCUACCUGGCCAACCGGGUAAUCGUGGGCGCGGACAGCGAAGAUGCGGCGACGGCAUCGGGCCUUCCCCUGCUUGAAGGCCGGGGAAUGGUGGACGGGAAGCCCACGGCCUACGUCUGCGAGAACUACGCCUGCCAACUGCCGGUUACUGAACCCGAGGCGCUGGCCGAGCAGCUCGGUGCUCGGUAA